GAAAGGCGGGGGCGCCACCGGAAGCGAGGAAGGUGCUGUGUAAUCAACCAGCUAGCUGAGGUCCUUGGAUCUCCUAAAAUGCCGGAUUACCUCGGUGCAGAUCAGCGGAAAACCAAAGAAGAGGAGAAGGAAGACAAGCCCAUCCGAGCUCUGGAUGAGGGGGAUAUUGCCUUGCUGAAAACUUAUGGUCAGAGCACUUACUCUAGGCAAAUCAAACAGGUUGAAGAUGACAUUCAACAACUUCUCAAGAAAAUUAAUGAGCUCACGGGUAUUAAAGAGUCUGACACUGGCCUGGCCCCACCAGCACUCUGGGAUUUGGCUGCCGAUAAGCAGACACUCCAGAGUGAACAGCCUUUGCAGGUUGCAAGAUGCACAAAGAUAAUCAAUGCUGAUUCGGAGGACCCGAAGUACAUUAUCAAUGUGAAGCAGUUUGCCAAGUUUGUGGUGGACCUCAGUGAUCAGGUUGCACCUACUGACAUUGAAGAAGGGAUGAGAGUCGGUGUGGACAGAAAUAAGUAUCAGAUUCACAUUCCACUGCCUCCUAAGAUUGACCCAACAGUUACCAUGAUGCAGGUGGAGGAAAAACCUGAUGUUACAUACAGUGAUGUGGGUGGCUGUAAGGAACAGAUUGAGAAACUUCGAGAAGUAGUUGAAACCCCACUACUUCAUCCAGAGAGGUUUGUUAACCUUGGCAUUGAGCCUCCUAAGGGUGUGCUGCUCUUUGGUCCACCGGGUACAGGCAAGACACUCUGUGCUCGGGCAGUUGCUAAUAGGACUGAUGCUUGCUUCAUUCGAGUUAUUGGAUCUGAACUUGUACAGAAGUACGUCGGUGAGGGGGCUCGAAUGGUUCGGGAGCUCUUUGAAAUGGCCAGAACAAAGAAAGCCUGCCUUAUCUUCUUUGAUGAAAUUGAUGCUAUUGGAGGGGCUCGUUUUGACGAUGGUGCUGGGGGUGACAAUGAAGUGCAGAGGACCAUGUUGGAACUGAUCAAUCAGCUGGAUGGGUUUGAUCCUCGAGGCAACAUUAAAGUUCUGAUGGCCACAAACAGACCUGACACUCUGGACCCAGCGCUGAUGAGGCCCGGGAGACUGGACAGGAAGAUUGAGUUUAGCUUACCUGAUCUAGAGGGUCGGACUCACAUUUUUAAGAUUCAUGCCCGUUCAAUGAGCGUUGAAAGAGAUAUCAGAUUUGAAUUGUUAGCACGACUGUGUCCAAAUAGCACUGGUGCUGAGAUCAGAAGCGUCUGCACAGAAGCUGGUAUGUUUGCCAUCCGAGCACGGCGAAAAAUUGCUACUGAGAAGGAUUUCUUGGAAGCUGUAAAUAAGGUCAUCAAGUCCUAUGCCAAAUUCAGUGCUACUCCACGCUACAUGACAUACAACUGAGCCGUGGAGGUGUUCCUGAAAACACUUUUCUUUGGAAUCCUAACCUUAUACAGACUUCUUAAUAACCAUGUCAUACACAAAAUAAAUGGUUUUCAAAAUUGUAUGCUUUUUUUUCAGACGUCUUUUCUCUGUUGUACAAUAAAGGGUGAUAUCUAAUGCCA